CGGCGUCAGUCCUGCAGCAAACAAGGAGGGCAGAGCGUGAAGCCCAUCCCGGAGAGACAGGCAGCGGGCAGAGAGGAGACGGAGCGGGGACAAAGGAACACGACUGGGACCCUGGCGGUUGCUGAGGAGGCGAGGGGUGUACGGUCACUCUUGCAGCCGCGGUCCGCCCCAGGGAGGCACCCCCACACUUCCAACUGGGCAACAGACAGGAGAGGCUGGACGCGCCGCGGGAGCGGGAGCAUGUGGAGGAGGCUCGGGUGUCCAGGAGCUGCAGUGCUAGGAUGAAUGUUUGUGGGACCGAGCAGGAACCAACCCGGAGCUCGCACAGCAUGGUGGGCGUAACCGACGACACGCAGGGUUUGACCGUGCGGAGCCUGCUGACCUCGGACAUCCACAAACACUACGAUUUCAUUCGAGAGCUGGGAAAGGGGACGUAUGGCAAGGUGGAACUCGUGAUUCAUAGAGUCGCAGGAAUGAAAAUGGCUUUAAAGUUUUUGAAUAAAAGUAAAACGAAGCAGAAGAAUUUCCUGAGAGAGUAUAGUGUCACCAACAACCUCUCCUCCAACCCUUUCAUCAUCAAGGUCUUUGACGUUAUCUUUGAGACAGAAGACUGCUACGUGUUUGGCCAGGAGUAUGCACCAGGAGGUGACUUGUUUGACAUCAUUCCUCCUCAGGUGGGCCUGCCUGAAGAAACGGUGAAGCGCUGUGUUCAGCAGUUGGGAUUGGCCAUUGAUUACAUGCAUAGCAAAAACCUGGUCCACAGGGACAUCAAGCCAGAGAAUGUGCUCCUGUUUGACAAAGAGUGUCGACGGGUCAAGCUGUCUGACUUUGGGAUGACUCGCAAGGUAGGGUGCAGAGUGAAGCGUAUCAGUGGUACCAUCCCCUACACUGCUCCCGAGGUCUGCCAGGCCAACAGGACUGAGGGCUUUCUGGUGGAUUGCAGUAUUGACAUCUGGGCCUUUGGUGUCCUGAUCUUCUGCAUGCUGACUGGAAACUUCCCCUGGGAGGCUGCCAUGCCAUCUGACAUGUUCUAUGAGGAAUUUGUGCGGUGGCAAAGAGGUCGUCUGAAUGGGUUUCCUUCACAGUGGAAAAGGUUCACAGACGAGGCCCUCCAGAUGUUUGAAAGGUUGCUGGCUGUCAAUCCUGACAAAAGAUGCUCUGUUAAGGAAGUCUUUUAUUUCCUGAAAUGUGACUUGAUGGUGGAAUUGAGGAGAAGGGCUUCUUAUCGAUGUAGAACCCACUCCUCUGAUAAAUCAGCUGUGCCGGCACACAGACGUGAGGGAUCGGCUCCCAACAUGCCCACACCUUUGAGAAGAAACCUCCUGUCAGAAGCACCAGGAUCCAGGUUUGCAUCCACAUCAACUGAGUUGAGUUUGCAAACAUCUGGGAGCAGGAUGGACGGAAGACAGGACAAGAGCAAAGGCCGAAUGAUUGGUGCAACUGCAAUUGAAAUCUGUGUUUAAUCCCCUGAUCCACUAGUAGGUGUUGCACUGGUAAAGAGAAAUAGUCUGCGAAUACUUUCAGUCCUCGGAUGCUGCUGGGUCCUUCUUCAAAGACACCUGAAACUAGUAAUAUGUGGAAACAAUCCAGGAGGAUUCAUUUGAGAUGUGUCUUAUGUAGAAGGCCUCAUAGCCCUAGCUUUACAGUCUGCUUCAGAGGUGCAAUCUACUUUUGGACAGAGCGUGGCAGAGCGCUGGAGGUGGGGUUGAAAAACUAGACCUCAAUCAAACAAACAUCUGAUCACUGGGACCAAUAUUUAAACUCAGUUCACAGAUUAAAAAUGCAGGGUUUUGGCUCUGAGGGUCCAACUUCAGAGGUACUGGUACCAUUCUGGCCCAGCCACUGCUUAAUCUUGAGCCUGCAGCGUAAAGUGGUCCCUGCCUUAUGCUACCGGCUGUUCUUCAGAUUCAUCUCGUGAGGCAAAUUGACUAUGAAGGGAAUUACAGCCGAGUCCAGUCCCUGACACAAAUGUGCAUGGUCUUCUUAGAUGGUUGACAGUGAGUAGGAGAGAGGAGGUCCGUCACACAGCAGUCAAGUGAAGCCAACUGGUCAGUGGCUCACUGCUUUCCCUAGGUGAAGCUCUUUAGGAAUGGUUUAAAGCAUGGUGUGUUACUGAUUACCUUGAACAUCAUUUUCAAAGAUGUACAAAGUAUUAACAUACUUCAAAUAUGCCAUUUGAUUCGACUGCCCCAAUCUUCAUCUCCCUCUUAGACCAUAUCACUUUUUCUUUCUCAUGUCCUUAAUUGUUUAAAUUGUUUUGCCCUAUAACUGGCACCGUUGUAUGGCAAACCCACUCUCUGGAGCAGUGCGGUCCAUAUCUCACUACCCUCUGGACAAGUAUUUUACUUCAGAGAUUUUUGUUGGAUUUACUAGUCAUUACCUGAUGUUCACAGUUGCCUGUUCUGGUCCUAGCAUUUUCCUUUGAUUGUUUUAAAGACUGAUGGCUCUAAGAUAGGUGGUGUAGUGGACAGUGAGGAAGGUUAUCAAGAAUUACAGGGGAAUCCUGUACAGCUACUCUAGGUAGGUGGGCCAAGGAAUGGCAGAUGCAGUUUAAUUCAGAUAAGAGCGAGAUGUUACAUUUUGGAAAGUCAAAUUAAGGUAGGACUCUCUGUGAAUGGAAGAACCCUGGGCAGUAUGGCAGUAGGAGAGGCUUUAGAAAAUAAGUACAUGGCUUUCUGAAAGUGGAUUCACAGAUAGGGUGGUGAAGAAGGCUUUCAGCCACUUUAUUUCAUGGUCUUCAAUCUUGAAAACAAACUGAUUAAACACCAUCUUAUCAUACGGCUCUUUGGAUGUCCACAUACAUCGUAUCAUAACACUUCCCUCAUGGACAGAUAGAUAGAUAGAUAUACUUUAUUGAUCCCGAGGGAUCAAUAUGGACUCUCUCCAUAUACCCUUUUAUGAAAGAGGAGGUGGUGUUUGCAGUUUUCCAGUCCUUGGAAAAAUAUGCAAUCCAAAAUUCUGCUAUUUUCUACUUCACAUCCCUCAGUAACCUAGUUUACAUUCAAUUUGGUCCAAGUUCUUUGUUGGCAUUUCUAGAGCCUCUUUGGCUAUCCUGCAUUUCAAACUACAUUGAGUCUUUUGUGGUAAGAGAGGAGAGGAAGUUGCAUUAUUAAGGAGAACAUAAUUUCAGAGGAUAUUCAGGAGGAAGUGUCCAAUGAGAAUAUAUGGUUAGAGCUGAGAAAGUGGUGGUCACAUUAAUGGGAUUGUAUAAUAGGUCCCUGACAGCGAGAAUAAAGGGAGUAAAUAUGUAGGGAGGUUGCAGACUGGUGUAGGAAUAGAAGAAAGAAGAAAGCCCUUAACUCUGAGUGGAGUCAUUGGGAUGCCAUCAAUACGGCGUUUUUUUUAGCAGGCUUUCUUGUUUUUAUGAGGCUGAGUUGCUAGCUCGACGCUCAACCCAGCAUGGAUAGAAAGCGUGCAAGGGAGCCGGCUGGAUUCGAGCUCGGGAGCCUUCGCUCCGAAGUCCGGCGCUGAUGCCACUACGCCACCAGCUGGCCAGGUGUAGGAAUAAUAGGGGUUAAAUAGUAGGUAAUCUCUGAUAUUGAUGGGGAUUGUCAUAGUGCUAGGCAGAAUGCAAGUGUGUUGAGGAACAUUUUCCAAAGCAGUGCAUAGAUGGCUUGACAGAGAAGAGGCUACACUCAAUCUCACCUCAGGAAAAUAGUCUGGGCCAGUGGCUGAUGUGUCAGUGGAGGAGCACUUUAGAACAGUGACCAUGAUUCUCUCAGCUUUACAAUAGCUAAGAGAAAAGAUAGAACUGGUCUACAAGUCAGAUGUCCCAUGUUGCGGAGAGGCUAAUUUUGCUUUCAUUGGACAGGAGUUUCAAAGGUUGACUGGGAGGUGCUGUUAGCAGGUGAAGGGAUAUCUGGCAAGUGGGGGACUUCUAAAAGUGGAAUAGGAAGUGUUCAGGGACAAACAUGUCUGUAUAAUGAGUGAAGGGCAAGGUUGGCAGGAUUAAGGAACCCUGGCUGAGGAGAGAUACGGAGGCUUUGGUCAGGAAAAUAGAGGCAUAUGUUAUGUACGGGUAGCUAGAACAAGCGAGUGCCUUCAGGUGCAUAAUUGAGUACACUUAGAAAGAAAAAAAGGACAUGAGCUAUCCCUGGCAGAUGAGGUAGUGCAGAAUCUUAGAUCAUCUUGGUGGUAAGAGAAGGAAGGUAGUGGUGGAGAAGUGUCUUUCAGAUCAGUGGCCUUGGGCCAGUGGUGUGCCACUGUUGUUGCCAUGUACAUUCAUGACUUGGAUCAGAAUGGAGGUGGCAUGAUAUAUCAGUUUACAGACAACAACAACAUUCCUGGUAUGGUGGACAGUAAAGAACCUUGUCUUAGGUUACGACAGGAUAUUGAUCACUGGGAAAUUGGGCAAAGGAAUAGCAAAUGGAACUUCGCUUGCACAGGUUUGAAGUGAUGCACUUGUGGAGGGUAAACCUGGAAAUGACAUGCACAGCCAGUGGCGGGGGCUUAUUGUGCUUCAGAAUGGAGAGAUGCAGGAGGACAAGCACAUAGCUCCCUGAAAGUGGCAACACAGGUACUGAGGAAGACAUACGGCAUGCUUGCUUUCAUAGACAACAUUGUACAACAGUUGGGACGUUACGCUGCAGUUCUACAAAACACUGGUGAGACUGCAUGGAGAAUCGCGUGCAGUUCAGGCUGCCACACUGUAGACAGGAAGUGGAUAAGGUACAGAGGAUUCACAGAGGUGUUGCUGCAGCUGGAGGGUUUGAGCAUUAAGGAGAGACUGGAUAGGCUGAGACUGUUAUCUUGGAGUAAAGGAAGCUGACUGGUGACCUUGUAGAGAUUUAUAAAACUGAGAGGUGGAGAUAUGGUAGUUGGUCACAAUCUUUUUUCCCAGGACAGGGAAGUCUUUUAUAUAAAAAAAAAGAAGAGUGAGCAUAGGUUUAAGAUGGAGGAGGGGGAACAUUUAAAGUAGUCUAGGAGUAAGUUUUGCACACAGGGGUGGGUUACAGUGGGUUCUGUAACACACACAAAAUGCUGGAGGAGCUCAGCAGGCCAGACAGCAUCUAUGGAAAAGAGUACAGUUCCAGCAUCUGCCGAUUUUCUCUUGGUGGGGUCUGUACUUUGGAUGAGCUACCAAAGGAAGAGAUAAGAGGUUGAUAUGAAAAGAAAAAAAAAAUUGGACAGGCACAUGGCUAGGGAAGAUUCAGAGAGAUGUGGGCCAAAUGCAGGCAAACAGGAUUAGUUUAAAUAAAUAUCAUGGUCAGCAUGGACAAGAUGGGCUGGAAGGCCUGUUUUGUGCUUGAUACUGUAUGAAUCUCAGUGUACUGCUGAACUUGGCAAACAGGGGAUACAAGUUGUCUUUUGUAUUGGUGAUAGCAAUCAGGCCUUCAACAGGGAGGGUGAAAUCUCUAAGGUAGGAGCCGGUGAUGGACAGGGUGAUGUAGGUGUAGUUGAAAAUGUGGAUACACAAAGUUGAGAAAGUUCUCAACUAUUUUUAAUGUCCUGUAGUAGGAACCAUGAGAAUGUAAAUGUGAGGCAUCAACUUGAAGAAAAAUGGCUUUUGAGGGACAUUUCUGUGGAACAGGAUUAACCUACAUUUGGAAAGCCAGGAUAAGAUCAAACAGGCGCUGGAUACUGACAACAUGUCUCCCAAUCCCCACCCUCCCAAAGACAGAUGCUCUGAUAAUGAAAUGAAGUUUCCAGCCUGCUCACAUAUCCCAUUUCAAGGGAAAACUCCCCCAGUUAUAAUGUUGUUACUGAUGCUGCUUAAUUGGGGAAUGAGUCACUAAUUUUCUGUCUCUUUUCCUACCCUGUUCUGGAUGUGUCCCUUCUGCUGGGUACCAGCACAGCAUUAUGUUGUGUGAAUGGGUAGGUGCUUGGUAGUCGAAAAAUGACAUUGACCCCGUCUGACAUAAAGGCAAAAGAGCAAGCUGAGAUGGACAGAAAGUGGGGUGAAGGACGAUGCCGGGUAAAGGUGGACAUCAUGUUGCCCAAACUUCAGGUACAUUUCUAUGUUUAAGUCCAGUCCUGUAAGCUUAACUUUAGAAUUUGCAGAGUAUUGUGUGCAGUCUGAUCACAUACCUACAGGAAAGAUAUCAAUAACAUUGAAAGAGUACGUGGAAAAUUUACAAGGAUGUUGGUGGAUCUUGAGUACCUGACCUGUAGGGAAAGGUUGAACAGGUUGGCACUUUAUUCCCAAGAGUGUAGGAGAAUGAGGGGAGAUUUGAUAGAGGUGUACAGAAUUGAGGGCUAUAGAUAGGGUAAAUGCAAGCAACUUUUUUCCACUGAGGUUGGGUGAGACUAGAACUAGAGGUCAUAGCUUAAGGGUAAACAGUAAAAUAUUUAAGGGGAAGGGAAACAUCUUCAUUCCGGAGUGGUGAGAUGUGAAACAAGCUGCCAAUGGAUGUGGUGGAUACAGAUUAAUUUCAACAUUUAAGAGAAAUUUGUAUAAGUAUUUGGAUGAAAAGGGUAUGGAGGGCCAUGGUCCGGGUGCAGAUUAAUGGCACCAGGCAGAAUAAGAGUUUGGCACAGAUGGGCCAAAGGGCCUGCUUUUGUGCUGUGCUGUUCUUGAUUCUAUGAAAUAACCAUAUAACAAUUACAGCACAGAAACAGGCCAUCUCGGCCCUUCCAGUCCGUGCCAAACUCUUACUCUCACCUAGUCCCACCGACCUGCACUCAGCCCAUAACCCUCUAUUCCUUUCCUGUCCAUAUAGCUGUCCAAUUUAACUUUAAAUGACAUCGAACCUGCCUCAACCACUUCUGCUGGAAGUUUGUUCCACACAGCUACCACUCUCUGAGUAAAGGAAGUUCCUCCUCAUGUUACCCCUAAACUUUUGCCCUUUAACUCUCAACUCAUGUCCUCUUGUUUGAAUCCCCCCCCUACUCUCAAUGGAAAAAGCCUAUCCACGUCAACUCUAUCUAUCCCCCUCAUAAUUUUAAAUACCUUUAUCAAGUCCCCCCCCCAACCUUCUACACUCCAAAGAAUAAAGACCUAACUUGCUCAACCUUUCUCUGUAACUUAGGAGAUGAAAUCCAGGCAACAUUUUAGUAAAUCUCCUCUGUACUCUCUCAAUUUUAUUGACAUCUUUCCUAUAAUUCGGUGACCAGAACUGUACACAAUACUCCAGAUUUGGCCUCACCAAUGCCUUAUACAAUUUCAACAUUACAUCCCAACUCUUAAACUCAAUGCUCUCAUUAAUAAAGGCCAGCAAACCAAAAGCUUUCUUCACCACCCUAUCCACAUGAGAUUCCACCUUCAGGGAACUAUGCACCAUUAUUCCUAGAUCCCUCUGUUCUACUGCAUUCUUCAAUGCCCUACCAUUUACCACGUAUGUCCUAUUUUGAUUAGUCCUACCAAAAUGUAGCACCUCACAUUUUUCAGCAUUAAACUCCAUCUGCCACCUUUCAGCCCACUCUUCUAACUGGCCUAAAUCUCUCUGCAAGCUUUGAAAACCUACUUCAUUAUCCACAACGCCACCUAUCUUAGUAUCAUCUGCAUACUUACUCAUCCAAUUUACCACCCCAUCAUCCAGAUCAUUAAUAUAUAUGACAAAACAACAUCGGACCCCGUACAGAUUCCUGAGGCACACCACUAGUCACCGGCCUCCCAUCUGACAAACAGUUAUCCACCACUACUCUCUGGCUUCUCCCAUCCAGCCACUGCUGAAUCCAUUUUUACUACUUCGAUAUUAAUGUCUAAUGAUUGAACCUUCCUAACUAACCUUCUGUGUGGAACCUUGUCAAAGGCCUUACUGAAGUCCAUGUAGACAACAUCCACCACUUUACCCUCGUCAACUUUCCUAGUAACCUCAUCAAAAAAUUCAAUAAGAUUUGUCAAACAUGACCUUCCACACACAAAUCCAUGUUGACUGUUCCUAAUCAGACCCUGUCUAUCCAGAUAAUUAUAUAUACCAUCUCUAAGAACACUUUCCAUCAAUUUACCCACCACUGACGUCAAACUCACAGGCCGAUAAUUGCUAGGUUUACUCUUAGAACCCUUUUUAAACAAUUGAACAACAUGAGCAAUAUGCCAAUCCUGCGGCACCAUCCCUGUUUCUAAUGACGUUUGAAAUAUUUCUGUCAGAGUCCCUGCUAUUUCCACACUAACUUCCCUCGAGGUCCUAGGGAUUAUCUUGUCCGGACCCGGAGACUUAUCCACUUUUAUAUUCCUUAAAAGCGCCAGUACUUCCUUUUCUUUAAUCAUCAUACUUCCCAUAACUACCCUCCUUGCUUCCUUUACCUAUUACAUAUAGCCCAGUAAAUAUAGUGUUCAUCGAUAUGCCUCACUCGUGUUCAGAGUGUUACAUUUGUAAGGUUUAUAUUUGUUAUUAAUUCUUAGAGUUAAUCACACCAGUAUUUCAAUAAUAUGCAGCAGUGGGUUUAUGGAAAUUGUUUUCCGUAUCCACUCGAUAUGUAAAAACCCAGCAGUAGAUGUACACAGCAGUAACCAUGAGGAUUUAGGUUCCUGGUGUUUCCCUGCAAAUGAGAAAUCACGCUUUGUAUCAUUAUAAGGCAGGAGAAUGGGGUGGAAAGGGAUAAUAAGUCAGCCAUGAUGGGAUGACAGAGAAGACUUGAUGGGCUGAGUGGCCUAAUUCUGCUCCUAUGUCUUAUGGUCUUAUUAUCAAUCCACUACAAAUGAGUUGCCCAACCUCCGGCUGGAGUACAGUCCUGUUCUUAUUGGUGGCACUCAUAAGGAACAGGGUAGGAUUCAAGUAAAUUGGUAAAUCUGUUCAUUGUUGUCACAUGUACAAAGAUACAAUGGAAAAAUUGCCUUACAUUCUGUUCAUACAGAUCAAUUCAUUACACAGUGCAUUGAGGUAGAACAUGGGAAACAACAAUAGAAUGCAGAGUGAAGUGUUAACGGCCACAGAGGAAGUGCCGUACUGGGGAAACGUUUUGGAGCGAGGUCACAAUGAAGUAGUUUGUUUAUUAAACUAGGGGACUGCUCAAUAGUCUUAUAACAGCAGGGUAGAAACUGUACUUAAGCUGGUGAUAGAUGCUUUCAGGCUUUUGUAUUUUCACCUUGAUUAGGGGGAAUGUCCACGGUGGGUGGGGUCUUUGAACAUGCUGGCUGUUUCAUCAUGAGAGUGUGGUAUAGACAAAGUUCAUGGAGGGGAGGCUGGAGAGACUGAUAUAGCCAUUGAGUUGAGCUGACCAUCAACCACCCAUUUACAGUGAUUCUCAUUUAAUUGUCCCCAUAUUCUGUCACUCACCUUCCUACAAUGACUCAUCUAUGCAUGAGGGAGGAAAUCACAGCACAUGGAGGGAGCCCAUGUGGUCACAGGGAGAACGUGCACUGAAGGUCAGCGUUGAAGCCAGCUCACUGGCUCGAACGCAGCAUCUCUGCACCCCCAUGUCUUUCCCAGAAGGGUAAUCAGAUAAAACAGCCACAUCAAAGGGACUCAGGAUUCUAGGUUCAAGAUUGUUUAAUGUCGUUGCCAGUACACAAGUAUAACAGAAAACAGAAUGAUUGUUACUUCAGAUCCAAUACAGCACAAACAAAUCAACAAGAUGAAAACACAAUAAAUAUAUAUAAAUAGAUUUGUGAUGCUAGCCGCAGGAGUGUCUGUACAUAAGGUGACUGACAGGAAAUGAUAAAGUAGUGGUCGUGAGGAGUAUGGAGGGGUGGGUUAGUGGGUGGAGGUGUUGAUCAGCCUUACUGCUUGGGGAAAGUAACUGUUUUUGAGUCUGGUGGUUCUGGUGUGGUUGCUAUGUUGUCUCCUCCCUGAUGGGAGAGGGACAAACAGUCCUGAGCAGGGCGGGUGAGAUCCUUUAUGAUGUUACUGGCCCUUUUCUGGCACCUUUCUGUAUACAUGUCCUUGGUGGAUAGGCUGGUGUUGGUGAUGCUUUGGACAACUUUGACUACCUGUUGAAGAGCCUUCCUGUCCAUCACACUGAAGUUGUAUACCAUGCAGUAAUACAGCUUUUUAGGAUGCUCUCUACUUUGAAUCUGUAGAAUGAUGUGAGUAUAGAUGUGCAAAGUCCAGCUCUCCUCUACCUCCUCUGAAAGUAGAGACAUUGGUGAGCUUUCCUGAUAGUGUAGAAUGUGCUUUGCCUAUUGGGAAUAUGCUUUGGAAAGUGAGGUAACAGCUAGUCUUGAGAUAUUUUAUCUAUUAAUAAAAUGAGUUUUCAGAAAAUCCACAAGAUAAUGAACCUUGAUUGUGUGUUCUCUGGCUAGAAUGGGUUACAGCCUCAGAAUAGAGGGAUGUUCUUUUAGAACGGAGAUGAGGAGGAAUUUCUUUAGCCUGAGAGGUGAAUCUGUGGAAUUCUUUGCCACAGGCAGUUGUGGAGGCCAAGUCUUCUUAUAUAUUUAAGACAGAGAUUAAUAGAUUCUUGAUUGGGCAGGGCAUGAAGGGAUAUGGGGAGAAUGCAGGAGACUGUGGCUAAGAGGAAAAUUGGAUCAGCCAUAGUGAAAUGGUGGAGCAGACUCGAUGGGCCAAAUGGCCUAAUUCUGCUUCUAUGUCUUAUGGUCUUAUUACACCCUUGUGCCACCACUAUCAAAAUAAUAGUUGGAAUUCCAAUCACUUGGCCACAAUGAAGAUACUAAUAUCAGUUAAAAGUAAUAGACGUUGAGACCGGGAGGUUUUGUUAAUAAUAACCCCAGCACUGUGGCACUACCAGAGAGAUCCUUCCCACCUCCUCUGAGAUUUUACAGGAACACGAGUGAAGUAAGUGCGAUCCAAUUUCAAUCCCUGAUCUUCAUCGGCAUUUUUGAAUCUGCUUUGGUAACCUGGAGUUCUACUUCUGGUUACUCUAGCAACAUGUGUGGGAGUUGGUUUGACAAUGGCACCCUCCAAGUGCAGUUUGGUGGUUUGAUACCAAUGUUAAGGAUAGUGGUUGGAUGAGCUGUUGAAUGACUGGUCUUCAGAGAAUGGAUAUUUUCAGGCAUGGAAGGAAAAAGGAAGCAGAAGGUUCAAAAACAAGUUUUGCUUUCGCCUACUUUAUAAAGUAAAGUAUAAAGUAUAAAGUAUUUGCCGUUAAUAGAACACAGACCAGAACAGAACCAUACAGGCCCUUAUUCUUUGACAUCCUGAGUUGCCGGCCAUUGCAACAGUCCUCGUAAAAGUGGACAUUACUGCCAAGAGCUUUUGUCAAAUCAAAACUCCCCAUUCUUGUUUAUCCUCAAGAAACUAGCAGCAUUCAGCAGCUGAGGCUGACCGUGAGAGAUCCGGGUAAAGGGUCAGCUGCCCUUGUUUGGAGCAGCUUUCUGUGUAGACUGGUCCAUCAGUAACACAUGGAGCUUAACAAACUUUAACCUCAUUCCUUUUCACUAUGGUAAUAUUAAAAUAUUGUUAACAGGAUGUGUAUAAAAUUAUAUCAAUGAUAUAAUAUUAAUCUGAGUGUAAGGUUAGAAACACUUUUUAAAGGAAAGGUGGUGUCACAAGGAUUACUGUGACUGCUUCUCUGGUUAAAUGUUACAAGCCCCAAUGGAAUAUAUAUUUCUCCUUAAGCUCAUUACCCGUAUUGGGGCAUAGGCUGCCUACAGUAGCUUACCAGAGUCCUCUAUCCUGGGCCAGUCUUUCAAGUUGUCCAUCAAAGAUCCUUCCUCUCCCAGGGAUGAGGUCUUUGGAGCUCUGUUGGUGUUUUUGUAGCUCUGGGUUUUUGUGGGAUAGGGUUGCUAGUCCCAUGUCCAACCCUCCUUUUGCAGCCGGGUGUGGGCUGGCCACGGCGGAGUUGAUGGAAUACAUUACACCACGUUUUUGGACGCACAACACUGAACUGUGGUAUUAGCAAUGUAGUGAAGAAAGAAUUUUAAAUAGAGCACUUUGUGUAGAGAAGACUAUAACUGUUAGUGCUGCUAUAAAGGACUGUGGUCCCUCUGUGUGUGUGUGUGUGUGUGUGUGUGUGUGUGUGUGUGUGUGUGGUUUGCAAUAAUUUUAGAAAUAGAGCUUUUGUAGAUCUACUUAUAUAACAAGGCUCCUUUUACCUCAGUUUGGAAUAUGUACUGACCUCAAUAUUGUUGUGUUAGGAAGAGAAAGUAAAUAUAUUGAAUGUUAACCGAGUUUUAAGAACUAAUCUAAAGUUCUGGUAAUUCUGCUCAUGUUGCUGAGAGACACAACAGCCCUUACAGCACUCUCUCCUGAAUCCAACAAACAACUGCUAAACUCCCCUACAUGUAGCUUAUCACCAGUUCUUACAUACUUCUAUGCACGUGUGAAUUUUUAAAAACCGGUAUCUGCUCGGUGGAAUCUUCUUUCAAUGAAACAAAGUGGAGUGCAGUGCCCAGGGUGCUGGACAGGCAAAUACAUUUGAAAGAUUCUCAGAUAGGCACAUACUUACUUCACCCAUACUGGGACAUGGGCUGCCUGCUGACCUUAGCUUGGCAGAGUCCCCCAUCCUGGCCAGUCCUUCAAGCUGUCCCUAGGUGUAGCCCAUCAAAGACUCUCUUCUCCUAGGAAUGAGGUCUCUGGAGCUUCUAUAGUGCUGGGUUUGCACAACUCUCUUCCUUUUGCAGCAGGGCUUCGAUCUACCCAUGCUGUAGUUAGAUAGACACAUGGAUAUUAAAAAAAAACAGAGUUAUGGGCUGUGUAGGAGGGUUUUACUGAUCAUACUCCAUGACAUUACAAUUGUUGUAUCUGUGUCCUGAGCUGUUACCUGUAACAAUGUUGAGAGGACUACGCUCUAUAUCUAACCCCGCUUUAUAUCUAGCCUGGCCAUGUUUACAAGAGUCAUGAUCAUAUUGAGGCUUGGUCUGCCCCACCUUUCAAUAUGAUCGUGGUUAGUUUAUACUGGCCUCCUCAGCUCCUCUUCUGUGCCAGUUCCCCACAUCCCUCAAAUCCCCAUCUUUCAAGUUCAAAGUUCAUUGUCAUCUGAUUGUACAUAUAUAGAACCAAACAGAACAACGUUCCUCCAGACCACGGUGCACCCACAAAAAAUCACACACAGCUCAUAAACUGAAAUAUUACUAUAAGUAAGUUAAUAAAAUAGAAUAUAAUUUCUAUUUUGUUUACAGUUUAUUUAUUUAUUUAGAGAUGCAGCACGCAGCAGACCCUUCCAGCCCAAUGACCAGCAACCCACCUAUUUAAGCAUGAUAUUGUGCUGACCUCUAUAAAAUAGAGCUAUUUAUAAUGAGCGAUUGACCGGUAAGUCUUUGCACUGUGGAAGGGAACUCACAUGGUUACAGGGAGAGCAUGCAGACUCGUUAUAGCCGGUGCUGGAAUUGAAUUUUGAAUGUCCCACACUGUAAUUCCAUUGCGCUGACUGUUACACUGUGGUGGUGUGUAGCUUACCUAUCAGGUGACAUCAUAGAGAAAAGCAGGAAGAUCAGUAUGAAUACUCCACCAGAAUCAAAAUCAAGUUUUAUUAACAUUAAAAUACAUCUUACCAUUCGGUAAGAUCCUGGCUGAUCGUGUGCCUCAGUGCCACUUUCCUAAUCAACCUAAUAUCCAAAAAUCAGUCACUGUCCAGUAACCAGACUCUAAGAGACUCCACAGCCCUCUUUGGACAGAUUCACCAAUAGGUGAAGAAAUUUUUUCUCAUCUCUCCCCUGACAUGUAUGUACUUUGAUAAUAAAAUUUACUUUGAACAGCCAACCCCUCAUUUUGAGACAACUCCUGGCUUGUUAGUAGCAGAGGAUCCAGUGCCAAUGCCAAUGGUCACUGUCUCCUGGUCCAGAAAUGACCUGUUUACUCUUUAUUUUCUGUCAAUUCACAUCAAUCUAUCGCCCUCAAUAGCGUUGUAGUUUUAUUUAUGUGGCAGUUUAUUGAAGAUUUUGAAGGUCAAAGGACAUUUAUUAUCAAAGUAUGUACACCGCAUAUAACAUUGAGAUUCACCUUCUUGCAGGCAGCCACAAAACAACGAAGCACAGUAGAAUCCACGAAAAGCCCCACACAGCAAAGAUCGACAACGUCCAAUGUGCAAUAAAAAGUAAGCAGGCAACACACAGCACGCGAGCCACAGAAUCCAUGAGAGUGAGUCCACAGCCACACAGCCAGUUCAGCACUCAGGCGAGUGAAGCCAGCUCAAGAGCUCGAUGGCCACAGGCGACAGUUGUGGCCAAAUGCACAAGAUGUACUGCUAGUCCUGCAACUUAUAAUCUAAAAAUCUAGAGGACUUGUGUAAUAAAAUAUUCCUUUCAAACAUCCACAUUGAUUCUGCUUAGUCCUAUGACCUUACAGGUGCCCCGUCUCCACUUUAAUAUCAGGAGCUAGCAUCUUCCGCAUGACCGAUGCUGGUAGUACCUCUAUGGAAGGGGUUCCGAGCCUGGGAUACACAGGCAUCUCAGUUAACGGUAAGGUUCCUUCCAAACCUCUUCAGGAGAUUUUACAGAACUCACUCUGAAAUCGGAGAAGAUCUUGGGGUUGACUUACUAUAAGCCCAGCUCAGAAAUUUCCUGAGUCACCCUAUGCGAUUCAUUGCCACAGAGAGCUGUGGAGCCCAGGUCACUGUGGACAUUUAAAGUGGAGUGGAUUGGAGCUUGAUUAGUCAAGCCAGCAAAGGUUACAGGGAGAAGGCAGGAGAAUAGGGUUGAGAGGGAAAAUAAAUCAGUCAUGAUGGAGUGGCGGAGUAGUUUCAAUGGGCCGAAUGGCCUAAUUCUGCUGCUAUGUCUUAUGGUCUAAUAUCUUUCUGUCUGAAAUGCCAAUUCUCAAACAGCUGACAGAGUGAGUGAGACCAGCAAUGGUUUCCAAUAAUCACUAUAUUCAUUACGAAUGAUGCAACAUUUCAAAGUGGGGUUACAGGGAUUUAAUAAAUUCAAAGACACUCUCAGUGAAAUUGAUGAAUUUCACUGUUUUUUUUCUCCACAUCAUUUAAAGGAUGAACAAUGGUUAUCUGUCCCCAAAGUACAAGUAUAAUCAUAUAACUAGGGCCCCACUGUAGCGUAGCAGUGAGCACAAUGCUAUUACAGCUCCGGAUGUCAGACUUUGGAGUUCAAUUCUGGUGACACUGUAUACCCUUCUUGUGAAUGUGUGGGUGCUCCAGUGCCCACAGUCCAAAGACAAACCAGUUUGCAAGUUUAUUAGCCAUUGUACACUGUCCCGUGCUUUGGCAGGGGAUAAACAGGUGGGCUGCUGGAAGGGUCUGUUCCACACUGUAUCUCCAAAUAACAAUAACAUAAAUACUCUCAAAUUAAUAGAUACAUAGAGGUAUGUAAGACACAUAUCUAUAUUCAUAGGAUAUGCACAGAUAUUAAAUAGCCACCUUAGCUGAGGCUGUUGUCAUACACAGUCAACUCCAGGGAUCUACAGCACCCCUGGCCUUAUAAUCAGUCGAAAGCAUGUGCUGUUCUGAAGACAGUUAAUGCAAUAAUAACCAUAUGCAAUCAUAUCCCAUUCUACACUGAUAUAUGCAGAACAUGAACUAUUGAUACGUUAUCCUCCAGUAUUCUGAGUGUAAAGAGGCCACUUAGUUGUGUUGGCAAUG